AAACAAACCAUGCUUUUAGUUCAAUUUGCUCAGUUUUGAUUUAAUCAUAGUUUCAUGCUGUCUGUGUUGGCUUUACAGAAUUUGCAUGAUUCAGAUCCCCUCCUCGGCAGUGACGACUCCUGUCUUACACUCCUAUCAGAGGCCCAGAGCAGACAGACUCUGUACGAUGGCCUACUGACUGAUGCCAGGCCCGCAACCACAAAGAGCUACAUCUACAUUCACAAGACGGAGGAGAACGGGGAGAACCGCCAUACCUUCUGCUACUGUUUGGAAACAGAUCAGUGGAAGGAGCUGCAAACAGAGUUUGGGGAGGCUCCCAUGCCAGACCCACCCGGGUCUUACCUCAACAGCUAUGCAGAGAAGAUGUUUAUCACAGGUGGUUGCCGGGGGAACUGCUGCCGGGCAAUUCGCCUCCAUGUGGCUGAAUCCUACCACAAUGCCACUGAUGAGGUUUGGUGUUUUUGCCCUGUGACCUUGACCUGUACACCUGCACCAGCCAUGCUGAAGCCCAGAACCAUGCACACAGCUGUGACCUGCCUGGACCGUGUGUAUGUGAUUGGGGGACGAACCAAGGGAACCAGAGGGGAGGCCCCAAGUUUGCUGGAUGUGGACUAUUAUAAUCCUCUGACUCAGAGCUGGUGUUCUGUCAGCCAGCUACCAGGUGCCAUCUUCUACCCAGAGGCCAGUGCUUGUGGUAGCGUGAUUUACACUCUUGGGUCUGAGGUGGAGAUCACAGACUCCUUUAAUCCUUCACUCGAUUGCUUCUUCCGCUACGACGCCGAGCAGGACCAGUGGAGCCGCCUGGUGGCGGAGUUUGGGCAGUUCUUCCAUGCCACACUGGUUAAGGCAGUGUCAAUAAACAACAUGCUUCACCUCUGCGAUUUAUCAACCUACAAGGUUUACAGUUUCUGCCCAGAAACCUGUGUGUGGAAGGGUGAGGGCUCCUUUGAAUGUGCAGGUUUUAACGCAGGAGCCGUUGGGAUGAGGGACAGAAUCUACAUACUGGGUGGAGACUACUCACCUGAUGAGAUCACAGACGAGGUUCAGGUUUACUACAGUGGGAGGAGUCAAUGGGAGGAAGUGACACCCAUGCCCAGAGGACUCACAGAGUUCCACUGUCAGAUCAUCAGUUUCAACAGAUACAGGGACCCAUGGGCAGAAUGAUCGCCUACAAUCAACACUCCCUCCAUCCAUAAACCUGCAUGUCUGUGUUAAGCUUUAAAUGUUUGCACCAUGUGGAUGGCUGACGUCUCAAAUAAGAAUAACAAUCAGCGUUUUUCUCAAAGAUCACAGCUAUUUUUGUUUCUCACGUGAACACAAUCAUAAGAGCUGUAUUUCUGAAACACCUAAUGUUUAUUCUCCCAUGGAGAAACCAUGUUAAGGUAUUUUAAAAGUUUUAUUUUAGUAGUAGAUUAUUUUUCGUGGAGAAGAAAGCAGGUGGACAACGCAUAAUAUACUGUGCCAGCUUUUCUAAAGAGGAAUCAUUUAUUUUGUAUAAGGGUAGAAUUUACAUUGUAGCAAAACAUGGGCCAGAAGCAUAAACAUAAGAUAAACGCCAGUAUAUCAUAUAAACACUGCUUCAAUGAUGUAGCAAUAACUAAAAAUAUACAUAUUUCUGUGUUGCGUCCUCUUCAGGGAGAUUUCCUGCUUAUAAUCUUUACUAUUAAACAUUUUCUGUGCUGUUAAA